AUUCAACUGGAGAAAGGUUAAAGUGUCCAAAUACAGAGAAAAACUCCUGCUGAAGCGACUGAUCUCCACACUGUUAUAAAGAUGGCGUUUAUUAAAGAGGAGAGUGAAGAUGUGAAGAUUGAAGAAACAUUCACAGUCAAAAAUGAAGAUCUGCAGGAACAAACAGACCUGAUGGUGCUGAAAGAAGAGACUCAAUGGAAUGAAAUGGAAGAGAAACAUCAGUUUGAGAAACCUCAAGAAAUAACAACUGAUGAAAAACCUACACUGACUAAAAAGGCUUCACGCGGAAGACCUCGGAAAUCCAAAUCUGGGUGUAAUUUUAGCUGUAAACAUUGUGGAAAGAAUUUUGCUUAUAGACAAAACAUUAUAAACCACAUGAGAAUUCACACUGGAGAGAGGCCGUACACAUGCCAACAGUGUGGAAAAAGCUUCUAUCAUGCAGGAAACUUUGCAGUGCACAGGAGAAUUCACACUGGAGAGAGGAAGUACACAUGCCAACAGUGUGGAAAAAGCUGCUCUAAUGCAGGAAACUUUGCAGUGCACAUGAGAAUUCACACUGGGGAGAGGCCCUACACAUGCCAACAGUGUGGAAAAAGCUUCACUCAUGCAGGAAACUGUGCAGCCCACACGAGAAUUCACACUGGGGAAAAGCCUUACUCUUGCCCUCAGUGUGGAAAGAGUUUUAGGCAAAAGGGCAACCUUGAAACCCACAUGAAAACUCACAAAGGAGAGAGAAGUUUUACUUGCACACAGUGUGGGAAACGUUUUCUUAAAAAACAAAACUUUAACAACCACAUGAGGAUUCACACUGGAGAAAAAUCUUACUUUUGCACAGAGUGUGGUAAAGGUUACAUAUGUAAAAGCACACUCAAACAACACAUGAUAACUCACACUGGACAGAAGCCGUUUGCAUGUGCUCAGUGUGGAAAGAGCUUAACAACCAAAGCUAGCCUCAAGAACCACAUGGAAGGUCACACUGGAACCAUAGUGUUCACAUGUUAUCAGUGUGGAAAGAGUCUCACACGCAAAGACUCCGUUAGGAACCACAUGAAGAUUCACUCAGGAGAGGGUCGUUUAAGGUGCAGUAAGUGUGGAAAGGGCUUUAAACAUAAAAGAAGCCUCAGCACUCACAUGAAACUUCACAAUAGAGAACAGAGUUCUCAAAAUUGAGGCCUUCGUGUAAACACAAAUAUGGGUACUGCGUCUGAAAAGGUGUAAACCAAAUGAUCUACUGGAACUCAAGACUUGUGACCCACUCAAAGCAGUUGGGUAUUCUAUAUAGGGGUUACAUCUUUUGUUAUAAAGUAGUGUCUCACAGACUGUACUUUGGGUUAAGUUACUUGAAGAAGACCGGUUAACAUCACUGUUGAGGAACUGCACUAUUCAUUGUCUUCAGUAAAGUCUUCUCCUCGUAAGAACUUUGGUCUUUGGCAGAUACAGAAAAGAUCAGGGCCUGGUAUGUGGACGUUUUAUGAUCUGUUCACAUGUUGAUUGGUCAGUUUGAAUGUCUCAGUAUUUGGGCUUUAGUCACAUGGUCAAGAAAGAUACAAAA